AUGCCCGAUGCUGUGGGUAGAGGACGUGGUGGCAAUCCGUGGCAGUGGCGCGUGCGCCUCCUGUUUACCCGCGUUGUGCCCGCGAGGCGCCUCCGCUCCUCGGGCGAGCGCCGGUGCGCAGCGGAACGGGCAGCGCCCGCGCGGGCGGGCGGGGUCGUCGCUCGCUUCCGCAGGUGCCGUUCACCUGGACCGCGCCCCGCCCCGCACACGCACGUUCAACGCCUGCCCCCGCCGCACCGAACGGGCGCCGAUGGAGAAGAGCGUUUCCGCAUCGAACCCUUGCAGGACGGCCUCCCCCCCCCUCCUUAUGCUAGUCUGUCAAGAAGUAACGAACGUGUUUCUGUUGCAGGCGAUAUCGAGGCAGUGAGCCAGAAGUUGGUGCAGCUCUCGAAGCAGCAGGGCUCCACCGACAACAUCAGCGUGAUCGUCGCCUUCCUGACGGACCCGUGUCAGCUGGCAGCGCGCGCCCGCGAGCAGACCGUGCCGCGUGCCUGGGCGCCCACUAACGGCCCUCAGCAGCCCUCCGCGCCGCAGAUGGAGGCCUUCGACAUGGAUCUUGGCAGCGCGGCCCCGCCGCCUCCGCCUCUCACGGCGCCGGCCACCGACGCGCUCCCCGCCGCCACCAACCCCUUCGAGGUGGAGAUGGCGACGCAGAAGGCCGCAGCGGCCGCGGCCGUGUCUGCGGCCGGCGCCGGCCUGCUGCUCGACGACCCCUUCCAGGCGCCGCCUUUCAACAACGGCCACACCAACGGCAACCUCUUCGACUUCAUGGACAUCGCGCGCAACGGCAAGGCGUCCGGCGACCACAAGGACGUGGAGGACGACGACGAUGACGACGAAGACUCCGGCCCCGAGGCCGUGGACGGCGCCGACGCCACGCACGCCCCCCUGCCGCCCGCGAGGAGCGCCAACCCGUUCGGCGAGGAGCUGGAGCUGCAGCGGCAGCAGACGAGCGACUUCGAUCCCGAAAACGAGCCCCGCCACGACACGCCCACGCCGCCAGCAGACGAAGUGCCUGGAGUGCUGGGAUUGGUAUCGGAUAAUGUAGCUGAGAGUGGUGAAGAAUCAGAAGACGAGUGGAAUUAUUAUAGAGCGGAUCCCAAAGAAAAGUCUGAGGAGUGUCCUGAAAAAGAGCAGCAAACAAAACCAGAAGUUUGCAAAGAACAGACACAAAAGAGUGGUGGAGAAGAAGACGACAACAUGGAAUCUCAGUUAAAUCCUAAUGCUGCUGAAUUCAUACCGUCACCAACUCACAACAUGCCAUCCAUGGAAGAAAUUUUGACAAAAGCUCAAACUGUUGAAGAAUCUUGUAAUGAAACAAUUUCUAGUGUAAAUACAUCAGAGUUGUUGUUAACUCAAGAGCAAGAACUAGACAAACAGGAAUUAUCAACCUCUCAGCAAGAAGAAUUUGUGAAUCCAUUAAAUAUUGAUUCAUUUGUUGAAGGUGAAUUUAAGAAAGAACUUGGUAGUGAUCUCAAUGAAUCUACAGCCUUCUCUACUAAAGCAGAAUUUGGUGAUGAAUCGGUAUCCAGUAGUGCAGAUUUUCAGAAGAUAUUGGAUACAUCAAGCAACAUUAUGGAAACUUCAUUGAUGGGACAAGAUUUUCUUGCUUCUGAUGAACAAAUAAGUGGAAAUGUCUUGGAGGAUACCACAGAAUCUUCAGUAAUAGAAAAAGAAUCUGUUCCACAGCAAGAUCUCAUUAGUGAUUUUCAGAAGGAACCUGUCCAUAUUUCUUUUGAACUGCAAAAGGAAAUUGCCCCACAAAUGGAGUCUGAACCUGAACGUGUUAAAGUGGACAGUGAUGAUCAGAGCCCAACAUUAGAUACGGAACCAGAGAUGCCUAAUGUUAAUUCUGUGACUGAAAAUAAUUUUGUAGAUAAUUUGGAUUUGGUGCACGAGGAAGAACCGGUCAAUAAUGCUCCAGUAUUGGAAGAUUUCACAUCAGUCUCAAAUCAUACAUCACAGAAUGUGGAUAUAUUAGGCAACAUGGGAGACAAUAUUGGAACUAAUAUUGAAGAUAAGAUAGGUGCUGCAGAUUUUCUCAGAGAUGAUGUUGAUUUUCUUGCGGGAGCAGAAUCCAAGCAACCUCCUACAGAUAACCUUUUGGAAUUCUCUCAAACAAAAGAGAAGAUAGAAUUUGAAGGAUCUACAAACACACCAGCAGCCCUUCUUCAAAAAGAUUUUCCAGGGCUUGAAGUCCAGGUGGAAGCAUCAUCACAGCUAUCGGAAUCUCCUUUAAGUGAACUAACAGAUGAAUUACCUGUGCAGCAAGAAAUAGUUAAUCAGUUAAGCAAUGAAAUAUCUACUCCAGAAUAUGAAAAGCUUGAGAAAGAUCUUGAGGCUUCAGAGCAAUAUCAAGAUAAAUUUAAUUCAACCAAAGAAAACAUUCCUGUAGAUUUCUCUUCUGUUGAGGAGGAGAAUUUGUGCAACACCUCUGAUGUGCUGCUUGAAUGUGCCCAUCCUGAUAAGGUGGCAUUAUUGGACGAUGCUUGUGCUGAAUCUGUCCCAUCGGAGAAUAAUUUAAUGGAGAAUGUAUUGGAGUUCACUAAUGGACCAAUGAAUGCCCCAACCUCAGAUUUGUUUGAUUCCUGUUUGACUGAAAAUGUGUCUCAAAAUGUUCCACAGGAUUCUGGUAUUCUUGAUAAUUUGAUUCAAAUUGAAUCUAACCAAAUUACUGAAAGUGUUCCUGGAGUAGAUAUUCCCCCUGCUGCUUCUUUAGAGACCAAUACUGCAAACUCUGUCUCUCCACUAGAAAUUGAAACAGAGACUGUAUCAAAAGACUAUGCUUUCAUUGAGUCUUCUCUGGCUCAAGAUGAUAAAUCUGUGCACAUUCCAACCCAUGAAGUAAUGCAACCAGAAUUCGUCCACAAUGAAUUGUUAGAAUCUACUCAAGCACCACCCCCGACUCCAUUAAUAACAGACCUUGCUGAGAGAGAACCCUUAAAUUUUGGUAAUGGAACUGAAAACUUUACAGAAAUUGUUGAGAAACUAUCAGAGAGUCAACAGUCUGGGAGUAAAGAUGCAGAAGAGAGAAUCAUUGAAUCGGAAAUGUCAAGGGAGGUCCUUAUGGAUAAGCAGAUUAUAGAAAACCUUCCAGAAACCUCUGCCAGUUUACAUUCUGCAUCUGAAAAUGUAGGAGAGGCAGAGAAAAUAGCUCCUGAGUCGGUAAAUGACACCAAUCUGGCUGAUAGUGGUGUUUCAGAGAAUGCUGUUCCUGAUACUCCUGCUGUCUCAACUGAAGGAGUAUUGGUAGCCACUGCAGCGGUGGCUGCUGCAGCUGCAACAGCUACAACUGCUAUUUCUGCAUUUGACAAUAAAGACUCGAAGAAAGAGAAGGAUGUGCCUACUAAAAAGCCUACUAUUGGUUCUGUGAAAGACAAGAAGCCUGGCCCAGAAAAACCGAAGACUGCUACAAAGUCAGCAGUUUCUUCUCGAUUAUCUACAACUGCUGCCAAACCCAAAUCACCUACCUCUCCUGUAAAACCUCCUUCCACUCAAAAGACUGCUCCUGCAAAGCCCCUAACUACUGCUAGCACUACUGCUCCCAAACCAUUGUCGAAGCCUUCUGUCCCUAAAACUACUUCAAGACCUCUAUCAAGUACUUCUACCCGUCCUGCUACAACUGCAGCCACUAAGCCAAAACCAGUAGGUCUGGCUGCAUCAAAAUCCGUGCCUGCUGUUGGACUGGCAAAGAAUAGGCCAACUUCAUCUCCUUCUGAGAAAAAGCCGAUCACAAAUGGAGACGUUAAGGCAUCCAAACGCCCUGAACAAUUAACAUCUAAAACUAUGACUACAACCAAAACAACAUUAAGGCCAGCAACUGCACCAGCAACACGAACGGUUUCAAAAACUGUUUCUUCAGUGACUUCCACAGUUGCAAAGACGAAGUCUCCACUCAAUGGUCCGAGUAAACCAAAACCUUUGACUUCUGUAUCAACCGUCAGAUCAGUGGCCAAAGCUUCAAAUGAGAAAGAAAUAAAGGAAACCGCUAAUAAGCAGAUAUCAACUCGUACUACAACUUCAACAGUCCGCAGCACUACAACCACAACAGCUUCCAAAUCUAGUGUAACAAGUGCAUCACGAAAAAUUGAAAGCAAAGUAAUAACAAAUGGGAAAGGACCUGCAAUGAAACCUUCUGGUAUGAUAAAGACUACCACCACUUCUAUGCCCAGCAGAAUUCCUCCAAAGAAGCCUGCUACAACAACUCGUGUAAAAGCUGCUAAGACAGAGUCUAUUGUAGAGAAGUCUGAAACUGUACAGGGUAGCAAAACUGUUAUUGCAAUGAGCGAAUGAAGUGAUGUGAAAGAUGGAAAAAGAUAAACAAUUGAUUCACUAAGAAUGUUUAUCUUUUUUUAUAAAUGAUACUUUUUGCUUGGCUGCUUUGGUGUGCUGCGAGUUUGUUUUUUUAAAGGUUAUUGUAGAAAGCUUUUUCUUUUGUAAAUUAAGUGUGUUUAUAAACACUUGGCAUGAAGGACAGCAGAGCAUUUGUGGACGUGAAUCCUGUUACUGCCAGGUGCCUUUUAUAUGUGAAUACAAGUUAAAUAUAGUUGUAAGGUUUGGGUGACAUAAAUUAUUGCUUCUUAACUUGUAUUACAAAUUGCUUCUUAUAAGUAUAACUGUUGUACAGCACUUUUUUAUGUGGUAAUAAAGUUUUUAUAAAACUAAGCGUUAUUACAGUACUUUUUCUAUUGUUUCCAGAGAAAAGUUGCAAUGUGUUACUGAAGUCUGUCGUUACAUUGAUACUACUUCCAGAUUUGUCCAUGUUGAUGAUUUGACGCCAAUUGCAAUUAGGCAUUUAGAGAAUUAAUUAAAAAAUCUUUCUCUUGCAUGUAAAGAAGUUUCUUGAUUCAAAUUUACUGUACUGAUUGGCAUUAUGAUCUUGGCAAUAUUUUCUGUUUUCUCUUAUGUAUAGUAAAAAUUGGCUAUCCUAAAAUACAAAUAGAGGAUCAUUAAUGAUAAUUAGAAGGUAUAUUAAGUUCCAGUUAUUGUUGUUGCUAUGGAAGUGUACUUGCAUAAUUAUUAAAUUGGCUUAUUACGAUGUCUGGAAGCCUUAAAAUAGUUCCAAUAAAAA